UAGACAAUCGAAGGCGAUAACUUGCCAGAUGUAUCUAGACAUCGAUAUUCGUAGUUGCCAGAAUGUUCGAGUGACGAUAACAUGUUAGCAAUCGACUAUAUAAGGGCUGCCGGGCUGGCAGCAAGACACAGUUCUGAUAAGAGAGUUGUCGAGUGAGGACAAUUCUAAGGAGAGAGUUGUCGAGCAAAGUGUAAACAAGUUAUAAGUUAGAGUUGUAAAGUAGAGUAUUGAGUACUAAAGUGUUAAGUUAUAAGGAAUUAGAAAUAAAGAUUAGUGUAUAGCCAUUAAAGUGUGACUUUUAUUUGACAAUCCAGUGAUCGAACUCAGGGUAGAGUUUUGGAGUAAACGACAGAUUUUGGAAAUCCGUUACAAUUGGUGUCAGAAGUGGGAUUGACAAAUAAAAUUCCAUAGCAGAUAAUGGUUAAGUUCAACGAUUUAAAGAUACCACAACUCAAAAAUGAGUUGGAACAACGAGGCCUAGCUACGAAUGGGUUGAAAGCUGAGUUACAAGCUCGUUUGCGAGAGGCGAUGGAAGAAGAAAACAUCAACGUGGACGAAUUUGUUUUUGAAUCGCUGUUAGAGGAAUCAACAACGAAAAUUGAGGAAAAGGAAGAGAUUCCAUGUUCAUCAGGGGUACUGGACAUGAACAAACUUUUGUCUGCAAUAUCGUCACAGUUCCAGGCGCAGGACACACGUUUAACAACAAAGUUGUCCCAACAGAUAAAAGAGCAAAUAACAGAGCUAUCAACGCAGAUAUCAGCUCAAAUAUCGGUACAGUUAAAAGAGCGGAAGUUGGAAGCGAAUGGGAUAUCUUCAGAGUUAGGGAAGCAGAAGGAAGAAUCAAUGGAUGAGACUUCAAAUACAGCGGAUGUGUCAAUACAGCUGGAAACGCAAGACGAGAAUUUGUUAACACAGACCGAAGCGAAUGAUGCAUGUAUGUCAAGGACUUUGGAAGCGCAUGGGCAGAUUUUGUCAACACAGUCGGAAGCGAAUAGGGUGUCCUCACAGUUGGAAAAAGAGGAGGAGGAUGAGUCAAUGGAUGUGGCCUCAAAUAGAACAGAGGUGUCAACACAACUCGUAGUGCAUGGGGAGAAUAUGUCCACACGGUUGGAAGAGAAUCAGACCUGUAUGUUAAGACCUUUAGAAUCGCAUGGACAGAUUUUGUUAACACAAUUGGAAGUGAAUGGGAUAUCCUCACAGUUGAAAGAGGAGGAGUCGAUGGAGGUGACCUUAAAAAGAGAAGAGGUGUCAGCACAGCUGGAAGUGCAUGGAGAGGGUAUACCAUCGCAGGUUUCGGCACAGGUGUCGACACAGUUGAAGGAACAGAAGGUACAUAUAUCGACGCAGGUGAUCCCAGAGAAGACAGACGUGUCAUGGAUAAAAGAUUAUGAUCUGAAGGAAGAAGACUCUCAAACGUCCAAAGAAAGUCCAGAGAAAGAAGAAAAGGCUGCAGAAUCUCUAGUCGCAAAGGCACAGUGCAAAAGCUUCAAGUUAGUGGCUGGUUGCUUAUAUCGGGUAUGGAAAAGUAAAGAAGGACAAAUCUCCCGAUCUUUCAUGGUUGGUCGGAAUGAGAGAUUACCAAAAGUUCACUACGAGAUGCACAAAGGUCCAAGUGAAGUGGACAUAAGAAUCACGGAAACCUUGGGAAGGUUGAAGAAUCAGUUUUGUUUGGUUGGUUGUCGUAAAAUAAUGGGAGAUUGCAUUGCAAAUGAGGUGACGAGUUCCAAGAGUCAUGGUCAGAUGAAGCAGUACAGUUCGGGAACGCCAUUUGAGCAAUUUGCCAUGGUUGUAGCUGGUCCAUUACCUACCAGCACAUCUGGAAACAGGAGUGGUUUGAUGGCUAGGACGGAGAAAACCCCAAUUCGUAGAAAAGAGACUGACGAGAUGACGGACGUGGAUAUCAAAAGUUGGGAGAUGUGCCAGAAGCUAUGUGUCCGGAAAAUAUGUGAAGCUGCAUCACAUCCACGAUUCGAUAUCAUGGUGGAAAGAUUCAUCCGAAAUUUGGAAGAGCAUUUUAGAAAGCUGGUGGACAGGUAUCGUCACAGAUACAGAGGACGUCCAUAUAUCCAUGUUCCUGGAAUCAACGGCGUAGACCACUGCGAGGAUAAUUUUUGGUUACUGAUUGAUUUAAAGUUUAGGAUUAAUGCCAAUGGAGAAAGAAACGCUAAGGAGGACAACAGUGUCCUAAAAGACGAGAUGAAAGGAAGAAAUGCUAAGGGUUUGGUUCUGGAAGUAUGUCUAUUCGGGACGAUCAGACUUAAGUGGAGGGCAGUGUAACGAAAAUGGCACCAGAACAAACUAGAAUAGACAAUCGAAGGCGAUAACUUGCCAGAUGUAUCUAGACAUCGAUAUUCGUAGUUGCCAGAAUGUUCGAGUGACGAUAACAUGUUAGCAAUCGACUAUAUAAGGGCUGCCGGGCUGGCAGCAAGACACAGUUCUGAUAAGAGAGUUGUCGAGUGAGGACAAUUCUAAGGAGAGAGUUGUCGAGCAAAGUGUAAACAAGUUAUAAGUUAGAGUUGUAAAGUAGAGUAUUGAGUACUAAAGUGUUAAGUUAUAAGGAAUUAGAAAUAAAGAUUAGUGUAUAGCCAUUAAAGUGUGACUUUUAUUUGACAAUCCAGUGAUCGAACUCAGGGUAGAGUUUUGGAGUAAACGACAGAUUUUGGAAAUCCGUUACAAUAUAGAGAAGGUUCAUGGUGUGCCAAUUGUCACUCUGGUCCGUUUUUCGAAGGGGUACUCGUUUCUAUAAGCGUGUUUCACCACAUGUAGCUAUAAGCGUGUUUCACCACACCACAGCAGCAAGAGACCCGAAAAUAGACAGAUUGAGAGGAUUUAAUGUUAAAAGAGAAAUUUAAUGUAAAUAUAUUAAAAUGAGAGGGUCAAUGAGGGCGAAAUUGUUCAUAUGUACAUGCAGGUGCUUUUUGGUGGGAAAAAAUGUACAUAUAUGUAUGUAAUUUAUAUUUUUUAAUAAAUAGCAUCCUGGGUAAAUUGCGCCAAAUUUUUUCUUAAAAGAGAUGUAGUAUGUAAAUAUAUAUUAAAAUAGGAGGGCCAAUGCAAUUAUACAUUCACAUGCAAGUGCUUUUUGGUGGGAAAAGUUCUUACAUAUUAUGCAUAUGCAUGUAAUUCGACUUUUUCUUACUACAGUGGAACUUCUCUAACUCGAAUCACCAUAAUCCACAAAAAAACUUCGAGUUAGAGAGACUUCCGAGUUACAGAAUGUAAUUUGUAUGAAUUUUGACUUCUAUUGCCAAUUCAAUAGUUCGAAUUAUGGAGAACUUCGAGUUAGAGCAGUUCGAGUUAUGGAAGUUCAACUGUAUUUUCUAAAACUGCAAAAAUUGCGCCAAAAUUUGUCUUAUAAGAGGAGUAGUAUGUAAAUACAUACAUAUGUAUAUUAAAAUGAGAGGGCCAAUGAGGGCGAAAAGUUCUUACAUAUUAUGGAUAUGCAUGUAAUUCGACUUCUUCUAACUAUUUUCUAAUACUGGAGAAAUUGCGCCAAAAUUUAUCUUAUAAGGGGAGUAGUAUGUAAAUACAUAUAUUAAAAUGAGAUGGCCAAUGAGGGCGAAACAUAUGCACAUACAGGUGCUUUUGAUGAGAAAAGUUCUUACUUUUUCUAAUAAAUAACAAUCUGGGGAAAUUGCGACAAAAUUAAUCUUGUAAGAGAGAAAUCUCAACGGAAUUUCAGUUCUAAAAGAAUUUUGUUGCAUAAAGAUCGUUCCGUUUUUCUCAACAAAACUUUAAGAAUUUUUAAAAAAUUAUGACAUCUAAAAAUAUUAGAAAGUGUCGCGUUCGCGGGUGUUCUUCGGAAUCGGGGGAAAGAUUCUUUUCUUUCCCCAAAGAUGAGGAGCAGUUCCGGAAGUGGGUGGAAAACCUAAAAAUCCCACCAACGCAGGACUUACCAACCCACAAUGCAUUGGUUUGCAUUAAGCACUUUGAUAAAAGUGCAGUGGGUGCGAAGAGGCUAAGGACAAAUGCAGUGCCCACCCUGCAUCUUAGCUACGACGAACCACCGAAGCAUAUAUGCACGCUGCCCCCGACUAUUAGGAGUUGCUGUGUCAGCAGUUGUAGAGCAAAGGGAAACAAGAUUCUCUACAAGUUCCCCAAAAGGGAAGAUGUUCGUCAGAGUUGGGCAAAGGCGUGCAAAUUAAAUGUGUCAGCUUCCGAGUCCUUACACAUCUGCCAGGACCAUUUUGAGUCACAAUAUGUGACUAAGUAUAGACUUUUACCUGGGGCUUUUCCCUGUUUAAGAUUAGAGCCAGCACUGAAUCGUAGCUCCUCAAGUGCUGACUCUGAUUGGGUGUGCCCGCCCGUUACCGAAACUUACAGUCGUCAAAAGGUAGUUUUAGAAAGGGACGAUAUUGAUUUGUUAGAAUUUGAGAAGUAUUCAAUUUUAGAAGGUAAGCGGUUAGGAUUAGGACCCUCAGAUAAUGGCGUAGGCUUCGAACCAAUUGACAGUCGCGAACGAUUUGCUAGGUCGGCGCGCUAUUAUCAAAGUAAUGCGCUGAAAUUAAAUAAAAAGAUUGAAGAGUUGCAGAGGGAGUUAAACAAAUUAGAAACUAAAUAUAAAGACCUGGAAGAUCGUGCAAUAGUUGCAGAUAGUACUUCAAGCGAUGACGCUAUAACUUUCGCUAGGAUGAUCGUCACUAAACGCACUUUCUUUAGUGAAAAAGAAAAAACAUUGGCCCAAAAUAUUAAUUAUAUGUCCACCAAAUCUUACAAUUUCAUGCGUGACGAAUUAGGUUUCGCUUUACCAAGCAAGAGUUCUUUGUUGCGAUGGCGCCCAAUAAGAUAUGUUGUCCCUGGUUUAGAUGCCAAUGUUUUGAGUAAUUUAGACAAGAUAGUCAAAACCAUGUCCGAUUUAGAGCGCAAUUGCGUAAUUUUGUUCGAUGAAAUUAUCAUCAAGUCCGACCUAACUUAUAACAGAGUUAGGGAUGUAAUAGAUGGGUUUGUAGAUUAUGGGAAUGGCCAUCGCGAAAUGGAAAUUGGUAAUAAAUGUUUGUUUUUCAUGGUGAAGGGGCUCAGUUCCAACUGGAAAUAUGUAUUUUCAUAUUAUAUUUCAAAAGGGGGUAUUUUUUCAAAAAGUUUACUGCCAGUUGUGAACAAAAAUAUUUCAGCAUUGAAGUCUAUCGGCCUUAAUGUUAAGGCUUUAAUCAGCGACCAAGGGGCCUCAAACUCUUCCAUUUUUAAUCUGUUUCAAAUUUCUGAGGAAAAACCCUUUUACAUGCACGAAGAUUCAAAACUUUAUUGUUUCUAUGACUAUUGCCAUCUCAUAAAAUCCGUCCGAAACACAUUAAUGAAAUAUGACAUUUCAACUCCUGAUGGAAUAGCCAGUUUUAACGUAAUAAAAAAACUGUACUCAAUAGACCAAUCAAAUACUAAUUUUAAAAUUUGUCCUAAAUUGACCGAGCCCCAUAUAUACCCCAGCGUUUUUGAGAAAAUGUCCGUUAAGCGUGCGACUCAGGUCCUUAGCAAUUCGGUCGCUUCCGGAAUUGAAAUGGCGUUAAGCCAAAAUUUAUUCGGCUCGGACGAAUAUUUGUUAAGAUGUGCGAAGCCUGCGCAGUUAUUUGUUAAGAAAAUGAAUGACCUUUUUGACGAGUUAGAUUGCAAAAUUUUAUAUUCAAAAAAUCCCUUUAAAUGUCCGUUGUCCAGGAAUAAUUUCGAGAAAGUCCAGCGUCUUGUUAGUUAUAUAGGGUAUUUAAAACAACUUAAACUUCCGAACGGUGUCCGCGUAAAGUGUAUUGAGGGUUUUUGUAUUACCAUAAGUGGUAUGCUCAAAUUGAGCGAUGAGCUAUUUAAAGAACAGGGGGAUUUACAAUUUUUAUUUUUGGGAAAAUUAAAUCAAGAUGCCUUGGAAAAUUUUUUUUACCUAGUCCGUGCAAGUCAGGGUAUAAAUACCCACCCUAGUGCUAAUGAAGUUCAGUAUAUUGUAGGUCGUUUAGUGUCCAUGAAAAUUCUAAGGCAUAAUUUUGAGAAAAAGGGUAGCAAUUGUGAGGAAGAUGACGAUGUUAAUUUAGAUUGGAAUUUAGGCCCCGAAGAUCGUCAUCUUGAGUUGCAGGAAAGCGAGCAGGAAUUAGUGCAAUUAGCCACCGAUAUAAAUAUAUCUGGCGAAAAUUUUGCUGAGGAGGGUGACACAGCUGACGUCCACAUCAAGCGGUAUUACACUGGCUAUGGUAUUUACCAAAAAAUUCUGUGUAAGCUUCAUUGCGAAAAGUGCAGAAAGGCAAUGUCGAAGACACAAAGUGAUUUAUCACUUUAUUCGGAGGCUCUUAUCAAAGCCAAAAACUACAAGGAAGACACCGAUUUACGGCUUGUCAAUCCUGAUGAUAGGGUCUUCGAAGUGUGUCGACUGCAAAUGAUGUGGUACGUCGAGCUCUUCAGCAAAUAUGCGCAUUAUUCCAAUGUUCGCCGUCUAAUGUUGUCCGCUAUUAAAGAAAAAACAGAAAAAGUUUUCCCUCUUUGGUUUACAGAAACCGAUGAGUGCCUUCCCCAUAAACUUAAGUUGUUAGAAUACUUAGUGACUGUAUUGUUGUACAAAAACUCGAAAUGGUUUGCGGCGGAGAAACAAAGUGAGGAAAGAAAUCGGAAGCG